AUGGCUCUCCCUACAAGUCCCCGCCGCUGGCACAAAUCACCUGGCUUUCUCAUCUCCACGGACAAACUCCUCCUGUCACCAUCUGCCAUCAACGAGGCCUUUGAUUCUGAGAUUGUGUAUUGGGCCAAGCCCGUGCCGGAAGCUGUGCUUCAGACGAUGAUUCAGAAUAGUUUCUGUCUUGGUGUAUACGAGAUUGUGCCUGCUACAACUACUGCUACCACUACAAAUGGCACCGGCACUGGUACUGAUACUGGUAUCUCACAAACAGACCCAUCCACCACUGUAUCCAACUGCAAGAUCAAUCCCAGGCAGACUCUGAAACAAAUUGGCUUUGCCCGUCUGGUCGGCGACAUGGUUACUUUUGCCUACGUGACUGAUCUCUACGUGCUGUCCGAGUAUCAAGGACAAGGACUGGGUGGAUGGCUGAUUGAUUGUAUUGGGGAGAUGUUGGGGGAGAUGCCCUAUUUACGAUGGGCGAUGCUUCGCACGUCGAUGGAACAGAGUCAACGGGCUUAUGAGAAGAGGUUGGGGAUGCAGGUAUUGGUGUCGGGGGAUAUUGGGCAGGGACCGGUGAUGAUGGGAAAGAAAGGGGGAUGUGGAGGGCCAUGA